CUUUUCGAGACAAGAACAAACAACAAUAGCAACGUGUAGACGACACUGCGACUCGAAACAUACAGAGUUUUCCAGAAUGAAGGAGAAUUUUCUCUUUGUGGUGGCGGUGGCUUUGAGAAUAAAUGACUGUGGCUGCUUCAUGAAGAAAUAGCUGUGUCAUAGCUACUUCUGACGGCGAAGCUAAUCUCGGACAAGUUGAGCUUCACAAUUAACGUCGUCUUUUUCUUCAGAGCUGCCCACGACAAGAGCCAAACAUGCCCACUGAAGGAGACAAGGACGCAAAGGAGGAAAGGAUGCAGGACACUCCUGAGGAGACGGUGCGGAAGAGAGUACACACAGACACUCGGAGCCCACACAGAGGAAAUACUCCACAAGGCAGCCCGUCCAGAUUUGUCUCUGUGGAGGAGCUGUUGGAAACAGCUAAAGGAGUCACUAACAUGGCUUUGGCUCAUGAGAUCAUGGUCAAUGAUGCUUUUCAGGUCAAACCUGCAGAGCUUCCUGAGCAAAGUUUGGAGCGGAGAGUUAAGGAGAUUGUGCACAAAGCAUUCUGGUAUUGUUUGGAAGCUCAGCUGAAUGAGGAUCCACCAUCGUACAGCCACGCCAUCAAACUGCUGGCUGAGAUCAAAGAGACACUUCUGUCGUUCUUACUGCCGGGUCAUGGUCGUCUGCACACCCAUAUCGAGGAGGUUCUGGAUCUGCCUCUGAUCCAGCAGCAGGCGGAGAACGGAGCGCUCGACAUUAGUGGGCUGUCGCAGUUUAUUGUCGGGAUGAUGGGCUCAUUAUGCGCCCCCUGCAGAGACGGAGACAUCCAGAAGCUCAAGGAGAUCACAGAUAUUGUGCCUCUGCUCAAGGAAAUAUUCUCUGUGCUGGAUCUGAUGAAGGUGGACAUGGCUAACUUUGCCCUCACCAGCAUCAGGCCUCAUCUCAUGCAGCAGUCGGUCGAGUAUGAGAGGAACAAGUUCCAGGAGUUUCUGGAGAAACAGCCCAAUGCCUUAGACUACACUGAGAAGUGGCUCGAGGAUACUGCAAGAUACUUGAAAGACACCAACACUGAUGGUUCUGGUGCAGCUUCAUGUGACCCGCCCUCACUCCUCCCCCUUCAGGUCCACAACCACGCGUAUCUACGCCUGCUGAAAUGGGACCAUGCCUCAGACCCCUUUCCUGAGACAGUUUUAAUGGACCGGGUUCGGUUUCAGGAGAUGCAGCUGGAGGCUGAUCGUUUAGUUCUGCUUUCUUCCGUGCUCCUCAUCGUCUACACGACGACAGGGGAAUCCAUUUCGGGCCUGCCAGGCCUCAUGGAUAUACUCAAAAACACUGUCAAUGCCAUUCUUGCAGAUUUGCACACACAGUCUUUUAGUGCAGAGGACGCCUUAGCGACCAUUGCAGAGAAACUUUGUGUUGAGCUGAGUCAGUGUCUGUGCCGGCAUGGCUACUCUCCGUUCUCUGCUGACCGAAAGAACACGCUGAAGGGACAAAUCACAGCCACCAUUCAGCCAGACAACACAGUCCGUAAGCUGAUGGAUUCUCGUGUCCAUAGCUACCUUCUGGCUUCCUUGGAAUCCAGUCAUCAUAAAACUCCCCCAACUCUGCCAGGAGGUCUGGCUCCAGUCAUCAAAGAACUGAAGGAGCUCACUGUUCGUUUCUGUCGCCUUGUCAACUUCAACAAGUUGGUCUUCUCUCCUUUCUACCAAAAGAUUCUCCAGAACGUACUGACAGCAGGGGAAUGUCCCACCACAGAGGCCUAAGCAAUAAAACAUGAAUUAAAAAUCAUCUGGAGAUUCGAUCAGACUCAUCGGCACCAUUGAGAAGUGGUAAAGGAUUAACAAGGGAGUGUGUUUUUGUG